AUGGAGAGGGAGCUGCUGGAGACGUUCGAUGCGGCCAAGAAGGCGGCCGACGCUACAGCAGCGGACGGCGACUCGCCGGAGGCUGACCGCUGCCUCGACGCGCUGCGCCGGCUGCGCGGCAUACGCGUCAACACCGACAUCCUCGUCUCCACGCAGGUUGGCAAACGUCUUCGACACCUUACUAAGCACCCUCACUCAGGCAUCCAGGCAGUCGCUGCAGACCUUUUUGGGUACUGGAAAAAGGUUGUCCUUGAAGAGUCAGGAAAGAAAAAUGGCAGCUCAGAGAAUGAAAGAUCAAGUGACUCUUCUGGAAAGGUUGAGAAGGUGAGGCCCAUGAAGGUUGAAAAGAAUUCUGCAUCAGCAAGCAUGAAGGUUGAGAAAAGAGAUGUGGGUGUUAGGAGUCAGAAGCCUGACAAUGUCAAAGUUGAGAAGACCGCUAGCAAUGGUUCCAGAACUCAAUCUGUGAAGGUUGAAAAGGUAUCCAAAGAAGUCAGUAGAACUCCUGAUGCAAAGAAGCCAGCAUCCACCCCCAGCGGUCCCCCAAAGCUUACAUCUCUUGUCAAAUGCAAUGAUCCUACCCGAGAUAAAAUCCGGGAACUGCUUGCUGAAGCUUUUGCAAAGGUUUCCAGAGAGACUAGUAAUGAUGACCGAGAUGAAGUGAGAAACAUCUUGGAUGAAGUUGAUGCAUGUGACCCAUUCAGAGUUGCUGUGAAAGUAGAGUCUGCACUAUUUGAGAGGCUUGGACGUUCCACCGGGGCUCAUAAGACAAAAUAUAGGUCAAUCAUGUUCAACCUGAGGGCUGAAAACAACACUGAUUUCCGGAGAAGGGUUCUUAUUGGUGAAGUGACGCCAGAGGGGCUUCCAGACAUAUCUCCUGAUGAGAUGGCUAGUGAUGCAAGGAAGCAAGAGAAUAUGCAGAUUAAGGAGAAGGCUCUGUUUGAGUGUGAGCGGGCAGGAGCACCGAAGGCAACGACGGAUCAGUUCAAGUGUGGCAGAUGUGGUCAGCGGAAGACAACUUACUAUCAGCUGCAGACUCGGAGUGCUGAUGAACCGAUGACAACAUUCGUCACAUGUGUGAACUGCAACAAUCAUUGGAAGUUCUGCUGA